AUGUCCGCAGACGGUGCCGGUGUGUCCAACACACGACUCUACCUGGGCAACCUCCCUAGAAACGCUACCAAGGCCGAUGUUGAGAACCACUUCAACACCCAUGGCACCGGCGAGAUUACCGAGAUCAAGCUCAUGAAUGGCUUCGGUUUCAUCGAGUACAAGGACGCCAUGGACGCCCGUGAUGUCGUCCCAGCAUUCCAUGGCUCUGAGUUCAUGGGUGAGCGCUUGGUCGUCCAGUUCGCGCGUGGCAGCACCCGUCCACGUGAGGGCUUCGAGCACCAGCCUCGUAUGGCUCCACGCCCUCGCCGUACUGUCCACCGGAUGACCAUCACCGGCCUCCCAUUCGAGACCAGCUGGCAGGACCUCAAGGACUUCGCCCGCCAGUCUGGCUUGGACGUUGUCUAUAGCGAAGUCAACCGCGAGCGUGACGCGAGCGGCACCGGCAAGGGCUUCGUCGAGUACGAGACUGCCGCGGAUCUGGCUACUGCCGUCGAGAAGCUCGACAACCACGAGUUUAAGGGCUCCACUGUCCGCUGCAUCUCUGACCCGCAGACCGACAUUCCACGCCCACGCGAGCGUUACCGCUCCCGCUCCCCAGGCUUCCGUGGUGGCCGAGGUGGUUACGGUCCACCACCAGUCGACGACUACUACGACCGUCGCGGCCCUCCUCGUGGCUACAGCCCACGUCGUGACGACUACCGCCGCCGCACCCCGCCACCACGCGGCUACUACGAUGACCCCCGCGACGAUCGUUACGGCCCUCCACGCGGUGCCCGCGGCCCACCUGUCGACGACUACCCACCACGUGGCGGCGGCUAUGCUGACGACCGCUACGGCCGCGCUCCACCACCAGCUCGCGGUGGCGGUGGUGCCGGAUACGAGGCCGACCCUUACGUGAACGGCCACGGACGCGAGCCAUACGGCCGCCCUCCAAGCCCCAGACGAGACGGACGGUAUGAACGUGGUGGCUACGAUGCCAGGCCUUACUGGUGA